UGGCCCCUUCCUUCUGCGUUUGAGAGCAGACAGCUGACAAAGGAAAUACAUCUGGUAAAAGGACGGCACCGGCUCGUGUAACCACGCUCCUUCGUCCAGAUAUCCCUCCACCUAUGAGCAAAUGAAAAAUAGCUGCCAUAUGAUGUGUCAGCGAGAGGAAGUGACCGAAGAAGGCCUUCAAUGUUGCAGACCAUCUGUUCCAGACCCUCCCUCCCUCCCUCUCUCCUCUCCUCCUCCCCCUGCAGCCAUGCAGAUCAACCCGGCGUACGUGGAGUCUGCCGUGGUUCUGGCCAUGGUGCUGUGCGUCCACACGGCCGUGUGGAACCAGCACUCCUGGUGCAUCGUGGCCCUCUUCAUCCAGGCGUUCUACGUGCAGCACAAAUGGGACCGUCUUCUCCGAGCGGGAGGCGCCGUGUUCCAGUUUCGCCCCUCGGCAAACAGCGGCAUCGUGCCGGCCUCCAUGGUGAUGCCUCUGCUUGGCCUGGUGCUGAAGGAAAAGUGCUCUGCCUCUGGGAACGUCUACUUUGAACGCUUCUCCAUGGUGGUUACCAUUACUGGGAUGAUGCUCGCUCUGUUUCUGUCCCUGAUCGCACUGGGAAUCACCAGACCAGUACCCACAAACACAUGCGUGAUCGCGGGUAUGGCAGGAAGUGCCAUCCUCUACACCACCAAACAGACGCUGACCGUUUCAGAGGUCAUCGAGGUCUUGGAGGUGCUUCUGAUCUUCGUUUAUCUCAGCCUGAUAGUGCUUUACCUCCUGCCUCGCAGCUUCACCCCCGGCGAGGCGCUCCUUAUCGUCGGGGGAAUCAGUUUGAUCGUCAACCAGCUCAUCAAGCGCUCCCUGAACCUUGCAGAGGUCAAAGGUGAUCCUGUGAACUACUUCCUGCCAGUUAUUGUUGUAGGCUCGCUGCUGCUGGGGGUUUUCUUCGCCCUGCUCUUCUGCUUCAUGGAGUCGGAAACCUGGGUGUCGUCACUUUUCUUCCACAUGAUGACCGCCGUCCUGGGUCUGGGGAUCCUCAUGCCGUGGCUCUCCUUGUUCAUCGGCAGGCAUCCGCUCAUGUGGCUGCUGGACUUUGUGACUUUGAACGACAGAAGGCUGUGUCUGCUCGGGUACUGGCUCUUUCUGGUUGCCGUGGCCACUUGCGUUGUGCUGCACCAGAACUACCAGCGCCAAUCCGGGUCCAAGAAACACCAGGCCUCGACGAUUGUGCGGAAGUACUUCCAUCUCAUCGUGGUGGCUACGUAUGUUCCUGGGCUGAUCUACGACAGGCAGCUGCUCCAUGUGGCGUCUGUGGGCUGCUUGGCGGUUUUCUUGUUCCUGGAGUACGUGCGUUAUUUCCGGAUCAUGCCGUUUGGUCAGCUCCUCAGGCAGCUCCUCACUUUGUUCCUCGAUGAGCGGGACUCGGGGCCUCUUAUCCUGACCCAUGUUUACCUGCUGAUAGGCAUGUCUCUACCCUUAUGGUUGUUCCCGGGACCCUGUGCUCCACAUGGGGUCCUCCCCGGGGCAGGAGGCCUGGUGCCUUACGCCGGGGUUUUGGCCGUCGGGGUGGGGGACACGGUGGCGUCUAUUUUCGGGAGCACCAUGGGAGAGAUCCGUUGGCCCGGCACUAAGAAAACCAUGGAGGGAACUGCGACGUCUAUUUUUGCCCAGAUUAUCGCCGUGGCCAUGUUCCUUAUCUUCGACGGGAGCAUCAAUCUGAACUCCACCUACUCCUGGAUCGUGGGCUCCAUCUCUCUGGUGGCCAUGCUGGAAGCCUACACCUCUCAAAUAGACAACCUCCUCCUCCCCCUCUACCUCUUCAUCCUGCUGCAGCUUUGAUGGGAGAGAUGAGAAACAAAAACAGACUCUUCCUGCUCUCCUCAGCUCUUUCCAGGGGGAGAAAGGAAGAUGAUUUGGGGGGCGGGAAAGUUUGAGUAAUUUGGAAAAAUAUAAAUUUAGUAACAGAAAUCCCUUUGUCAGUUGACUGAUCAGCACAAGACAAGAAAGGUAACAGACUGACAGCCGGAUAAAUGUAAUGUCAACAAACAAAGGGGGCACAAAAUAAUUCAAUAGUAAAGAGCUGAUAGGAAAAUGAGAAACGUUUUAGCGAUCCAUUUUUAAUCAGUUGCUCCUGUCUUUAUGAUUUAAGGACCAGUACAAAUCUUUCUGAAGUUCUAAAAAAAAACUAUAUUUAUCAGUGAAACAGCUGGAAAAAAAGGUUCUGUGGCGAAACAUUUCCACAGAUAAGGAACAAGAACCGUCAAUUUUUUUGUACCCGUCCUUUUUUGUAUCUGUUCCAUGGGAGAAAAGCAUUUGGAUCAGACGAAGAGAAUGAAUAACGAGAUACAUUGUGUUCUCACUUUCCUAUCAGGUCUCCCGUGACAUUAGAAUCUGCGGCCCUCAGAUCACAAGUCAUUUCUAUACCAGUUACUUUAAGGAAUAAGACGAGCAUCGCAGAAUACAUGACACCAAACCUCCUGAAUUAUGCAACAGGGGAUUAGCAAAGUGGAAAAAAUGUCCUUAAACACUUCUGGACGGUAUAGAUGCUGCUAGCGGCACAUUACGAAUCACCAAUGAUCAAUAUCUUGUUCCCCUUUUGCUAAUGGAUACCUUUGUAUUGCCUUUGAAGAACAUUAUUUAAAGUUAGCGUAGUCUUUUUCUUAAUGUUAUUUUGUCUCUCCGACGGCAAUAUGAAGGAAUACUGCUGAGAGUAUUUGCCUUAAGAAGUAUAUUUUCUAUCACACAUUAUGUAGAUGAACGCAUGGCAGUCCCUCUCUUUAUAAGGGCUGAUUUAUACUUCAUCUACUUUGCUCUAGCAUGACACUAAUGUGAUAUCGGUAACAUGUACACAGGUAUUCUGCAGUAUGGUUCUCUUUGAGGUUUGAUGGGACCCAUUUAAAGGUACACUUAAUAUAAAUAUUUCCUCUGAGGAUACUGAGCCUUCAUAAACCUUGCAUAUUGUCGGAGUUUGUAGAUGUGCUUUGGUCAAAAAUGAUGUACAAAGACCUUUUUCUUUUUAUUAACUUUCAUUAUGCUUUACAUACAUAUCCUCGUCAGGUUUAAUCUCAUCGUUUUGGAUGAGGAUGCUUCAGAUUAUAACCUGAAACAUGUUUUCAGCAUGAAUUCAUUAACAGCCUUAUGGUAUUUGAUCAUCUGUAAGAGUUAUUUGGUGUUUUUUUUAUUUAUUAGCAUGAUACUACUGUUGUUUUUACCAUCAUCCUUACAUUUUUUUUAUGUAAUAUUGCAUGUUGAGUGCAUCACAAAGGUACAUACAAUUGUUAUGCCUCCUAUUUUAGUACACACAGAAAAGAGUCUGUGUGACUGAUGGUGAACACACACACACACACACACACACACACACGCCUUUUGGUUUCACAGUUUAAUUUUAAAAUGGACAAAAAAGGUUUGAAUGUUGUGAUUGAUAAUCCAGUCAAAAAUACAUUUUUUUUUUCAUUUCAUCUUAACAUGAACAUACUUGAAAAUAGCAAUGCUUACUGUUGUCUGCAAAAUAAAAUAAAAAUGAAUCUACUGUCUUGUUUUGACACACA